ACCACCACAUUCUCAUUCUCAAACCUCAACUUUCGCUCCUAUAUAUAUUCACACACACACUUUGCACUCUUCCAUUCUAAAACCCAACUCAAACAAAAUCUCACACAAAACACCUUCCUCCUCAUUAUCCUCAAGGGAUUUUCCACCUCCUACGUUUCUCUUUCUUCUCAACAUUUCAAUUCUAUGGCUUCCGAACCUUCCAGAAACAUUGAUCUCACGCUUGGAGAGCCCAAGGGGCCCAAGGAGGAGCCCGACACCGAGGACGCCUCGCCGUCAACGUCUCCGCCAUCGGCCAUACGCGUCAUGCCGGUGGCAGUGCACAUGCCAUCCAUGAACAAGGCCUUAGUCCAAGCCCAAGCCCAGGCCCAUCCAACUCAAAAGAGAGCCUCCACGAAGGACAGGCACACCAAGGUGGAGGGACGCGGCAGGAGAAUCCGAAUGCCUGCCACGUGUGCGGCCCGGAUCUUCCAGCUCACCCGGGAGCUCGGCCACAAGUCCGACGGAGAAACCAUCCGGUCACUAUCAGGAUCCGACCCGGAACCGGGAGACCCGCCCUGCAAGAAGAAGCGCAAAAGACCCGCCAAUAGCGCCUACGUGGAUGUUAACGAAAGCGCUGUUUCAGUCUCCGCAGGCCUGACGGUUACAACAAAUUCCGUAACUAACACCCUAACAAACUCCACAACCUCCUCCGCCACUCACAUAACAAACUCUGUAACGGCCGCUAUAAUACCGCAGCAAACCGCUAUUGCCUUACCGCAAAACGCGGUACCUGCCAUGUGGACGGCGAUUCCGUCCAACGCUUUCUUCGUCGUGCCUUCCGUGGCGGCGGCGGGGCCUUCCAACGCGCCGCAAUUCUUCACAUUCGCACGUCCGAUUUCGGCGUUUGUUUCGUCGGUGAUGACGCCGGUUCAAAUUCAACCGGCCGGUUCGACUGCUCCGUCGUCGAAAUCUCCGCCAAGAGCGACGGUUAUGGCGCCGAGCAGUGCAACUACGACAACGCACACGCUGAGGGAUUUCUCACUGGAGAUUUACGAUAAGCAGGAGCUUCAGUUCAUGUCGAAGUCGAGUUCAAAGCAUUGAGACAGGCUUUGUGAAUUACGGUUUCUUGUUUCGCCAUUGAUGGAAGGAAGGAAGGAAGGGAGGGAAGGGAAGGGCGAGGUCGGAGCGCGAAGAGGAAGAGCACGUGCGCACGUGAGGUUAGGGGAUUGAAAAUGGCGGGGACCACGUGCGUGGGGGGGUGGGUCAACAUGAAAAGUGGGGGGUCCCACUUUGUGUGUUGGGGUGUGCUGCUGCGUGGACCGUGCAAGAGAGGGUACCACUACUGUUUCGUCUUCUACAGUUCUACUACUACCCUUUCCUUUCUUAGCCAUUCGAUUUUUUUAACCCCCUUGUAUAUUAUUAUUGCCUAUCAAUUUUAGGACCGUAAAAUGUAUAAUUUUUAAUUAUUAUUUAAUAAAAAUAAAUCAGUUAGGUAAGUCAGUUUUCUAAUAUUAUGCUAUCAAUAGUGUAAAUUUUGCAUGGGAAUGAUAAUAAUAUGGCGAACCUAAAGAUAAAAAAAAAAAGAAGGUAAGUUUGUAAUAUUUGGACC